ACAGUACACGUUGGUAUGUUACUAUGGCGAUAACAUACUCUGAAAUCAAUGAAUAAUGAUACUUAGCAUUUUAUUAUUCAGUAUUUGUAAAGUUUCAAAACAGUAAUCUAUUGGUGUAAAAUAUCAAGAUUAGUGUAACGACAUGUGGGGAUAUAGUCCUGCGUUAGACAUACAACUUGAAGUUAAUAAAAGUGCAACUAAUUGCCUAGGUGAAUGUCUCGAGGUAUUAAUUGUAGGUGCUGGCGAUGCAAGACAUAUCGUGAAGACGUUAGCAUCAUCUUAUUUGUACCGCGAUCGAAUUAUUACGUAUCAUGUAAUCGAAUCAACAUUGGAACAAGUUGCUAGAUCUAUGCUUUUACUAAGUACUUGUUUAGAAAAGGACUUAGGUUUGCAAGAAGCAACUCGAUAUUAUUUGGAAAUAUAUGGGAAUACGCUGGUAAGACCAGCAACAGCCAAGUAUUUGGUAAAACAUUCUGAUCGAUUGAUGGACAUUCCAACAAAUACAAUUGAUUGUACUUGGUUAAGUUUAGAAAACUUCAAGCGCAGAGAUAAAGAUCGAUUAGAAGGAAUUUUUAAAUUUUGGGAGCGUGCAACACGCGAGAAUAUUCCCGUUGUGGAGUACUGGGAUCAAAGAGUUAGAAAAUCAUUGAAAACAAGAUACGAUUAUCGCGAUGGUGUUUUUGACUGGGAUUAUCAUAUGGUUUUGAAGUCUAGAGAUGUCUCGAAUUUAACUGUACAAGAAUAUAGAUUUUGGAGGAACAAUGGAAUUGCAUUCACUUGGUUAGAGGGUGAACCUGCUAGAAGCAAUCCAACAUUAGUGAGUAAUAUUAUACAGCAUGGACCUGGAUUUAUACACUAUGCUUACUUGGGGGACAUUACUAAUGGUCCUUUUUUCACAUGGGGUUCAGAAGAAGUAAAGAUUAAUCAAAAUAAAUACAGAGCAACAGACAUUGCUGAGAGGGAAAUAAUGCGUUCCAUACAUGAAAUUAGAACAAAAGAACCAUUGUGCGAUGAACUUAUAGCAUCCCACAGAGAUUCCUCCAUCUUAAAUGGUACUUUAAUGAUUGAAAUGCCAAGUAAUGCAAUGGAACAAGAAUCAUGGAAAAGGGAAAGAAAUAAAUAUAGGAAAGAUGAUAUACCCUGGAUAGAUAUAAAAAAUCAAAAGGUCAUUUUUCAUCCUGUGACUUCAUUGGAGACACUCAAAUGUAAAACAGAAUAUACCAGCAAAUUCGACUUUAUGUGGAUUGCUCAUAAUAUGACGAAACAGUUGCCUAAUCUUAUUCCAUUAGUCAAGAAAGGAGCAAUUGUGCUGGUUGAAUUACGAAAAUAUUUAGUAGAGCUGCGAGAGGAAGACUUAGAAAACUUUGUAAAAGAAUUGAGGGAUAUUGGACGAAAAAAUGGACUGCGUGAAAUUAGCGAUAUAAAUGCUAAAAAGCAUUAUAUUGCUAAAUUUUACAAAUGUUAAAUGAUCACGAAUUAAUAAUAAACUUUCCGCCUUCUUCAUUUCAAAUUUACCCCUCAUCAUGUUAUGUUGUAUAGAUUAUAAACAUGUACGUAACGAUAAUUUUUCACAAUGAAGUUUUUACUAUAUGCUUUAUAAAUUUAAAUGAUAUUACCAUUGUAUAUAAAAUGAAUAUAUACAAUGCGAAAGCAUAACGUAAUAUUUCGCUUAACUGCCCAACUAUAUGAAUUUAUGUAAUAAAUCAAUUCGUCUGAAACGUGAAUAAAUCAAAUAUUAUGAACGUUUUUAUAAUAAAAUCUUUGCAUACUAAUAAAUAUUGUUGAAAUGCCUGAUAAAAAGAAAAUCACCAAAUACCAUUACACAUAGUGAAAAAUCAAACUUUAAGCAUGGUUAUGAGAAUCACCCAAAAUCGCGGGAAACGCGUCCUGUUUCUGCUUGAUGGCCCGUGGGGUUGAGUUACAAGUUUGUAAUACUAACAAAUAAACUAGUUUAUACGAUAUUAUAUUUAUUGUCAUAAUGAUAUCCACAAAGUACGUGUCGAUUUUUGUAUGCUAAACGGCAGUGCGUGUCAAUAUUCUGUGAAAUAAAGUAACCCUUGAAAAUCGGC